CCCUAUGUAUGUGAGAAGGUAGGGUGGUUGGGAAGGGAGAAGGUGAGAAAACCGUAAGGCUCAGAUGACGCCCCAGGAUGUGAUGAAGUAGGGAUUCCCCCCCCCACCACAUUUGGAAAGAAAUCUGGUUGGGAUGAGGCAGCCUUUCCCAUGAGGAGAGGUAGGAGUUUGGCAAGAAUGAGGGACAGAGGCUGACCCAAUCUCAGGGGAGUCCCGCAGGGAGCCCCACAGAAGUGUGGUCAGGGGUGGGAGAAGGCCACACAGCACAGUGUCCCCAGGACCCAGGGAUCAGGGGGUUUCAAGGAGGAAGUACCAAAUGCCACAUAAAGGGCAGCAGGGCUAUUAUUUAGGACAGACUAAUUGGUGAGUCUGAUUGUGUGAUUCAGUUUAGGUCAUCAAACUAAUAUAAUAUGCUUUUCCAAACUACCUAGGGCACUCCCCUCGCCCGCUCAACACGAGAUGAUUCAGGCCCCCCAGCUUGUUCAAGGGUAGGGUACAGAGAACUGGGAGAGCAGGCCAGGCUGCAGGGAGGUGCCCAUGGGUUCCUCGGAGGGACACAGGUCUACAGGCACUGCUCUGGAGCCGGCAAUGAAAGGGCAGGGGAGGGCGGGAAGUGCCCAGUGCAGGUGCUGCUGGGCUGAAGCCCACUGCCCACUGCCUGUGGCGGGGUGGGGGCGGGGGUGUGAGGAAUCCGGGCCCAUGGUGCUGCAUUCCUGUUUCCCCAUCAGUGUCUGCGUGUGACAGGUCCUCAGCAGAGGAAUGAUUUACAAGAAGUGAUUGAAUGAAUGAACCUUCAGUGGGAGAUAGUCAGUGUAACCAUGAAUUCAGAAUAAUGCAUUGGGUGAAGGGAGGAGGAGAAUGUGUUUGGAGGAGGAGAUAGAGAAAUGAGAAAGGCAGGUCCCCGAUGACGGGGAGCAGCACUUUGUGUUGGGGAGGGGCUGGUAUCUGGGGAAAUCAUGGGAGUAGGUACAAUUUAUGCAUCUGAGUGAAGAUGAGUCAGCGAGGUGCUGUGCCCACCCACAAGGGAGUGGUGUGACUCGAGCCUUGAUGGGGGUGCUGACUGUAGCAGAGGGGACAGUGGGCGGGCUCUCAGGACUCAAUUCUGAUCAGAACUCCCACUCAUCGCUAUCGCUUCUGGGCCCGGACAGGGGAGUGGGGGUAGGAAUAUAGGGAUGCAGAAAAAGCAAAGUGCAUGCAUAGCAAACCAGUGAGUGAGGGAACAUACACAAGCAUGAAAAGAACAUAGGAAGGAAAGGGAAAUAUUUAGGCAAGUCGCCCUGGGGUGGGGGUGGGGGGCUGAGGUCAUUAUCUCCUACCUGAAGGGGUGUCUUCAGGAAAAGGGACUAGGCUCUCUCCCUAUGGUCCCAAAUGACUCCAGACUUCCCUCCCUUUGCCUUCAUUCUUCCCCAUCUCAGGGAACAGCACCACCUCCACCAAGGUGUUGAGGCCCAAUCCUGACAUCAGCCUCCGGUCCUCCCUGCCUCCAAGCCUCAUAUUCAGUCACUGGACUGCUCCAUUUCCCUGCCACCACCAGGGUCCAGCGAACGCUGACUGAGUGCUCUGGGCCGGGCCUGAGGCUGGCUCUGAGGAUCUGGAGACCAAUGAGGACAGCCCCUCCCUGAGGAGCUCGCCAAGGAGCUGACCCCGGACAGCAGGGAGGACUGGGCCAGCUGAGGCUGGCAGCCGAAAGACUGGAGUUGAAGCUUCCCAAAGAUUGUUCCAGCACCACUGGUGGAAAACCUGUCCUUGCUCCAUUGUAUCGCCUUUGCUUCUUUGUCAAAGAAUGGCUUAUUCUGAGGAGCAAGGAGGUGUCCCGUGUGGUUUCAUCCGCCAGAAUUCCGGCAACUCCAUCUCCUUGGACUUUGAGCCCGACACAGAGUACCGGUUUGUGGACCCAUUAGAAGAGCGCUACAAGUGUGCUUUCUGCCACUCCGUGCUGCACAACCCCCACCAGACGGGCUGCGGGCACCGCUUCUGCCAGCACUGCAUCCUGUCCCUGAGAGAAUUAAAUGCAGUCCCACUCUGUCCUGUAGAUAAGGAGGUUAUCAGAUCUCAGGAGGUGUUCAAAGACAAUUGCUGCAAAAGGGAAGUCCUCAAUUUAUAUGUGUAUUGCAAAAAUGCUCCUGGAUGUAACGCCAAGAUUAUUCUGGGACGAUUCCAGGACCACCUCCAACAGUGCCUGUUUCAAGCUGUGCAGUGUUCUAAUGAGAACUGUCAGGAGCUAGUCCUUCGGAAAGAUCUGAAAGAACAUUUGAGUGCACGUUGCCAUUUUCGAGAGGAAAAAUGCCUUUAUUGCAAAAAAGAUGUGGUAGUAAUCAAUCUACAGAAUCAUGAGGAAAACUUGUGUCCCGAGUACCCAGUAUCUUGUCCUAACAAGUGUUUGCAGAUUAUUCCAAGAACUGAGGUGGAUGAACAUCUUGCUGUGUGUCCUGAAGGUGAACAAGACUGUCCUUUUAAGCACUAUGGCUGUGCUGUAAAGGAUAAACGGGGGAACCUGCAGGAGCAUGAGCAUUCCGCCUUACGGGACCACAUGCUUCUGGUUUUAGAAAAGAACUUUCAGUUAGAAGAACAGAUUUCUGAUUUAUAUAAGAGCCUAGAGCAGAAAGAAAGUAAAAUCCAGCAGCUAGCAGAAACUGUAAAGAAAUUCGAAAAGGAGUUCAAGCAGUUUGCACAGCUGUUUGGCAAAAAUGGAAGCUUCCUCUCAAACAUCCAGGUUCUCGCCAGUCACAUUGACAAAUCUGCUUGGCUAGAAGCUCAAGUGCGCCAGUUGUUACAAAUGGCCAACCAGCAGCAAAGUAAAUUUGAUCUGAGGCCUUUGGUGGAAGCGAUUGAUACAGUGAAACAGAAAAUUACUCUGCUAGAAACCAAUGAUCAAAGACUGGUUGUUCUGGAAGGGGAGACUAACAAACACGAUGCCCACAUUAAUAUCCAUAAAGCCCAACUGAAUAAAAAUGAAGAGCGAUUUAAGCUGCUGGAAGGGGCCUGCUAUAACGGAAAGCUCAUCUGGAAGGUGACAGACUAUAAGAUGAAGAAGAGGGAGGCGCUGGACGGGCACACGCUGUCCAUCUUCAGCCAGCCUUUCUAUACCAGCCGGUGUGGCUACCGGCUCUGUGCUAGAGCGUACCUGAACGGGGACGGGUCCGGGAAGGGGACCCACCUGUCGCUGUACUUCGUGGUGAUGCGAGGGGAGUUUGACUCCCUGUUGCAGUGGCCGUUCAGGCAGAGGGUGACCCUGAUGCUUUUGGACCAGAGUGGUAAAAAGAACCACAUCAUGGAGACCUUCAAGGCUGACCCCAGCAGCAGCAGCUUUAAAAGACCUGAUGGGGAGAUGAACAUUGCGUCUGGCUGCCCCCGUUUCGUGGCCCACUCCACUUUGGAGAAUGCCAAGAACACCUACAUUAAAGAUGACACCGUGUUCCUGAAAGUGGCUGUGGAUUUAACUGACCUAGAGGACCUCUAGUCCCUGUGUCUGGGUGAUGAAGGGCUUGUUGGGUCCAGAACCAUGGAGGAGGACACCUGUGAUUAGCAUACGGACUGACUUUGAGCUCAGUACACAUUUGUAGCUGGCGUUUUGCCCCUAAUGUUUGAAGUCAGUGUAAAACUUCUCAAGUGCUAUCUUCUUUUUACAUUUUACUCUGUCUCAGCUUCAAACUUAUAACACUUAGACUAUCCUCUCAUUAUUUAUAUUUUUAUAUCUCUUAAAAGAUGUCAAGUUUCUUGAAAGCAAGGUCUGGGGCCUAUCUCUUUUACUGGUGCUUGGCAUAGUGUCUCAGGGUAGGCACUGUGUGAAAUGUUAUUGAGGACACACAGGAAGAAUUGAAAACGCUUCAGCAUUUUAGUAUUUGGCCUGCUGAUUCUAGACCUAACCAUAAGCCUGCAAAAGCCAUCUUUCAAGAUAGGCUGUCCCAGUUACAUAGCUGGGUGCUGUAAUUUCAAAGACAGUAUGCCCAGUUUGGACCAGACUUUUUUUGGUCAAAUGCUAAAUUUGUGGAAAUUACUAUACCUCUAAAUAUUUUCAUUAAAAAUCACUAGUGGUCAGCAAGCACAGUUUUGCAAGGCUGCAUUAGAACUGGUAUAUUGAGAAAGAUUUUCAUUCUUCCCGUUGAAGUAAACAGGAAAUAUUGUGUUUGUGUGUGUGUGUGUGUGUGUGUGUGUGUGUGUGUGUGUGGAGAGAUAAAGUAUAUACAUAUAUAUAUAUGUAUAUAUAAGGGGAUAUAGCCAUCCAACUAAAGUUCGUUUUUUAUUAGGUUCAACCCCUGUGAAAAAAACUAUUUUCAUACAUCAGGGAAGGUUACAUAGUAACAAUUUCAUGAGUCAAUUUGGUAAAUAUAUACGUACCUGUAUACGUAUACAUCUAGUUUUAAGGUAUUUGGUAAUAAUAGUAAGUUAAUGUGAGGAUGGGCAGAAUUUAGCAUAUGACGGAGAAAAGGUCAUUCAUGGAUAAGAGACAUUUAAAACCUAGGGAGAACACCAUUUUUAGUCCUAUGGUAUCAAAAGUAUUCCCAUCCCAAACUGAUUAUGAAAAGCAGUAUCUCCUAUUCUUUUUGAGAGAACUUUUGAAUUCACAAAUUGUUAUGAAAAUGGGCAUUUAUAUAAACUUGUGACUUUUCUUACCGAAGUUGUAAGUACUUUGUGAAAACAGAAAUGAUUAUAUCCUUAUGCCUCUCUUUGUGGGUCUCUGUACAAGGAUGUUUAUAUAAGUCAAAAUGAGUCCUUCUGAUUGUUGUUAAGCCUGAGCUGAUCAAAAAAAGUACCCAGUUUUCCAAGCCCUCCUUCCUUGUUAUGCAACUGUUCACUCACACUCAAGCUGGCUCCCUUGAGUGUGUAAGGGCAAAGUGCCAUGGGCUGAGAGCCACUUAAUGCAGCUCCCUCAGGUGACGACCAUUAACCGUACAAAUUUGAACAGCUGAAUCUGAUAGAAGAGACAUGAUUUUCAUACCAGUGGCUUCUGGAAUAAUGGGAACUUCCUUAAUCUCUUCGGUGAAAAUUUUCAAGAUGCUGAAGACUCAUAGUGCAGAAAUCAUGCCAAAGGCUUAAAGUCAAAGAAGUAAGUUCACAAUGGACACAUACUAAAGAACCACACUGUAGCCCCUGGUGAACGCGGGUACAACCGAUGGUCGACAGACUGACCUCACGCCAAUGCAGAUCACACAGCCAGACCGCCUGGUUCUGCGUGUUUGUUUUCAGUGUUUUUAACCCGGUCCAACUCCUUGGGAGUCAAAGUUCAUAUUGUUGUCACUAGUUUGAAGGAGCUUGUAUGGAAAACAUUUUAAAGUGAAUUUAUCAAAAUACUGGUUUGGUUUUGUGUUCUAACCAGCUUCUCUACAUAAAAAGCUUCAGUCAUGGCGUGGUUUGCUUACGA